AUGGGAAAUAAUAGUAGUUCAAAUGCAACUCGCCUUAAGUCAAAGGAUAAACUGGAAUGGUGUGAAUUAAGUAAUAAUGAGAUUGAAAAUUUUUGCAGAAAAUUUAACAUCCCAUAUGUAUUAACAGAAGAUAAUUUGAAUGGAAGUAAAAUUAGGAUUUCAGAUAUAUUAAAGUCUUUUGCUCCCCAAUUAAGGGAUCUAUACAAGAAAAUUAUAAUGGAAUCAGUUAAUAUAAAUAGUGGUGAAUUAACCUUACAACAAGUAUUAAAGUGCAUAGACAAUCUGCUCUAUUCAAAUAAAAAGGGAAUAUGCAAUACCUUGCUUGAACAAGCUGAGAAAAUAAUAUCGAAUGAAACAGAUAUAUUGAGGAUAUCACUUACAGUGUUAUUAACCGAAAUGGACUUUCUUUUAAGAGAAGAUGGCGAUAAUUGGAGUGACAGUAUCAAUGACAAUGGAAUACAUUCAAAGGAUGAUUUAAUUUCAGUGAUUAAAGAUGUAAAAUUUGAAUUUGUUGUGAGGGAAUACCACCGUUACAGAAGCUCAUCAGAAGGUACAAAUUCAUCGAAAAUUGGGGAAUUCCUCUACUCAUACUUUCCAUUAUUUUCUACUUUAAUAAAGUUAGCAUUUAGGGUACAUUUAGGACUAAUUAGUCAUCCGCACAAUAUUCAAGGUGCAUUUCAAGAUAAAAGGAGGAGUAUGGUAACUUUAGACAAUGAAAUGCAUACUAAGUACCUAGAAACUUCAGAUCAAAAUUGGAGCACACCAGAUAAAUUAGCUGAUUCUUUAAUUAACACAAACAAACUAUCUAAUUGGUUAGAUAUAAGUAGCAGAAUUUUAUCUCCUGAAAAUUGUUGUGUCAUUAGAUCUCAAUAUUAUGGUGACAUAUCAAGUGGUGAAUUUAUGACAAUGUUUCAGCCUUGGAAUUUGUUAUAUGCUAGCUGGAAACAUGGUCUAAGUUUGCAGCGUUUGAUAUCCAACAUUCAGGGAUAUUCUGCUCAUGUUUUAUUUAUUAUAAGAACAAUUGAUGAUUGUAUAUUUGGAGCUCUUUGUCCAGGAAAUUGGAAAGAAGGUAAUGGAAAAUAUGAGGGAGAUGAGACAUGUUUCUUACUUUGUUUUAAACCUACCUUGUCUAUUUUGAGACAGACAGGGAUUGAACGUAAUUUUAUGUAUUUAAAUACUAAAUAUGGGUUUUCUCCAAAAGGGAUUGGAUUUGGAGGUGAACCCCAGUAUGCACGAAUAUGGCUUGACCCUAGCUUAGUUAAUGGGACAUGCAUGAGGUCUGAUUUAACAUACAAAUCUGGAAUGCUUUACUUACCUAGUCGUAAAAAUAGUAAAAGAAGAAGUAGUUGUUUAUUAUUAGGAACUGCUGAAUAUGCAGGAAAUGAUGAGGCUUUAACAGAUAUAAGACCAUUCAAGGUGGCAGAAAUAGAAGUUUGGGGUCUAGGAGAUUCUAAUAUAUAUAAGGAUUAUAUAGAGAACAAAGCAACUGAUCAUUAUUUUAGACAAGAGAGAAAGGCUAUUGAUAAAUCAAAAUUCCUCAAAAAUGAAUUUGAUAAAGAAUUUCUCUUAUCGAAAACCUUCUCGAAAGGUACUUCAAAUAUAUAA